AUGGAGCAUUCGCUCACCACCGGCGGCCCCGCCGCCGGCGACGCCGCGCGCCGCCUGCUGGAGCGCGCGCUGGCCACGCUGCCGCGCCGCAAGCACGUCAAGGCGAUCAGCCACGCGGCGCUGCUCGAGUUCCGGCUGGGCAGCGCGGAGCGUGGGCGCAGCGUGAUGGAGGGCGUGCUGCGCAACUACCCCAAGCGGCUGGACCUGUGGAGCAUGUACAUCGACCAGGAGGUCAAGCAGGGGGACGACGGCCGCGUGCGCACGCUGCUGGAGCGCGCCACCAGCCUGGCGCUGCCCCCCAAGAAGAUGAAGUUCCUGUUCCGCCGGUGGCUGGAGUUCGAGAAGGCGCACGGCACCGAGGCGCAGGUCGCGCACGUCAAGCAGCGGGCGCUCGAGUUUGUGCAGCAGCAGUAG